AUGGUGGAUGAUAAUUCGUGGGAUAAAUGUGUUGAAGAAGCAGUGAAUGUGCUUGAAUCUCGGCAACUGCUUCGAUCUUUGAGACCCAUUUGUAUGUCUACGCAAAACGAAGAAGAAUUGGUGAAAAACAGAGGUAAUGAAGGAAACGAGUACGAGGUGUUCGACGGUAUGCGUCAAUGGGAUCGGGCUUCGGUCGAGGUUUCUGUCUCGGUACCCACAUUUCAGAAAUGGCUGCACGAUGAACCUAGCAACGGAGAAGAGAUUUCUAGUGAAGAUGCAUUAGCUGAGUGUAGCAAAGGGAGAUUCAAGAAGCUACUUCUGUUCUCUGGGAAUGAUUAUUUGGGUUUGAGCUCACAUCCCACAAUAUCAAACGCUGCUGCAAAUGCAGUCCAAAAAUAUGGUAUGGGACCUAAAGGUUCUGCAUUAAUAUGUGGCUAUACCACUUAUCAUCGUUUGCUUGAGUCUAGUUUGGCGGAACUGAAGAAGAAGGAGGAUUGUCUUGUUUGUCCUACUGGGUUUGCUGCCAAUAUGGCUGCAAUGGUUGCUAUUGGAAGUGUUGCUUCUCUUUUGGCUGCUACUGGGAAACCUCUAAAGAAUGAAAGAGUGGCCAUCUUUUCUGAUGCUCUGAAUCAUGCAUCAAUCAUUGAUGGAAUUCGUCUUGCUGAACGACAAGGAAAUGUUGAAGUUUUUGUGUAUCGACACUGUGACAUGUUUCACCUUAAUUUAUUACUAUCAAGUUGCAAAAUGAAGAGGAAGGUCGUGGUCACUGAUAGCUUAUUUAGUAUGGAUGGUGAUUUUGCACCAAUGGAAGAGCUCUCUCACCUUCGGAAGAAGCAUGGUUUCUUACUAGUUAUUGAUGAUGCCCAUGGAACAUUUGUUUGUGGAGAAAAUGGUGGUGGUGUGGCCGAGGAAUUUGACUGUGAAGCCAAUGUAGAUUUAUGUGUGGGCACUUUGAGUAAGGCAGCAGGGUGUCAUGGUGGAUUCAUAGCUUGCAGCAAAAAGUGGAAGCAACUGAUCCAAUCGAGAGGUCGUUCAUUCAUAUUUUCAACAGCAAUACCUGUCCCGAUGGCUGCAGCUGCUUAUGCAGCGGUUGUAGUGGCUCGGAAGGAGAAAUGGAGAAGAAAGGCAAUAUGGGGGAGAGUGAAAGAGUUUAAGGAAUUAUCUGGAGUUGAAAUCUCAAGCCCCAUUAUCUCACUUAUUGUAUCUUCUAAAAUCAGGCUUCCAUGUAAUGGCGAUAAGACCACCCACAGUACCACCCAAUUCUUGCAGGCUAAGGGUGACACUGAGUGCAGCACAUACCACAGAAGAUGUGAAGAAACUCAUCGCUGCACUAUCUUCUUGUUUGGACUUUGA